AUGUCAAACAAGAAUGUAGCACCAAAUGGUACUUAUUUGCCCGAUAAACUAUUAGUGAAAGAUUGUCGUGAUGUAGAAUUAACAUAUUUAAAAAAGAUUAACAAUGAAUAUUCGUCAAUGUUAUCCCCUUGUGUAAGUGAACAAGGUGAAAAAAGGGGUAGGACAUCAAGUGAUAAUGAAUAUGAUCUUCAAUUUAAUGGUCAUGAAACACCAAAAAGAACAAGAUCAGUUCAACGAAAACCACGUACAAUUACCAAUUCUUCUUAUUUAACGACAGCUAUAACCACAACCAAUAAAAAUUUUUCUCAUCGGAGAGUGGACGAUGUUAACAACCAGUUACUUAAUAAACAGAAAGAUACAAUGGCUAAUUCUGAAGGGAAUUAUAAUAAUAAAUUUAAGAUUACAAAUGAUGCGGUUUCAUAUUCAGUUGAUCAAUUUCUUCCACCUAUUAAAAUUAUAUGCGACCCAAAAGUAAAUGAACAUAAAGACGGUGCGAAGAUUAUCAAGGAAUUAUUCAAAGUCAUUGUUGAUGAUUUUAAACAAGUUAAUCCGAAACACAAUGAAGUUAUUGGAUUUGAAUCGUGGUAUAUUGACAUUAACGGAAAUUUACAAUGUAUUACUCGUGAUGUCGAAUUAUUUAUCUAUUUAUGUGAUGUUAAACAUAUUCCUAAUAUGAUAUUGGAUACAAAAAUAACGGUGGUUUUACCAAAACAUUUACCUAGCCAACGUUCUGUUAUUAUUAAAGGUGUACCUAUCACAUUUAGUACUGAUGAUGUUAAAAAUGAAAUUAUGAAUAAAUAUAAAUCAGUGUAUUCAAUUAUUGAAUUAAUAGGUACAAAUAAUGGUAAAACACGUUAUCUACGACUGGAUUUAACUGAUACGAAUGAAUAUAAACAAUUACUUAAUUCUGGAUUAAUAUGUAUUGAUGGUCAAUGCUUACAUGUCUUUGAAUAUCUUGCAGCACCUCGUGUUCUUUUCUGCUCAAUGUGUAACCUUCCUGGUCACAGCAGAAAGUAUUGUAAUUUUACAUUUGAUCGUUGUAGGAGAUGUGGUGAAGAUAGGAAAAAUGGAGAUCAUAAAAACUGUACCAUUAGUUGUCAUAAUUGUAAGGAGGAACAUGUUUCCACUGAUUUUAGAUGUCAAACUGUUCAAAAUUACCGUCGUGAUCUUAUACAUUAUCUAAAGCAGCAUCCCGAAAGAUUGCCCAUGGAUACACAUUUUUUUAUUCCUUCUCAAUAUCGUUCAUAUGGUGAAAGUGUUUUGUAUAAUAGACGUUCAUAUCCACAAUUGAUGACUAUGCCACCUAAUAAGAACAACCAGCUCACGAACGAUGAGUGGCCUUCUUUACCACCUCCUGCACGUUCCACAAUCAAUUAUUCUAACUUCACAAGAUCAUCUUCAUCAGAUCCUAUUAAAAAUUUACAAAUACAACUAAAUCAUUUAGAUAAAUGCUGUUCUAUUGAUAAAAAAAAAUAUGAAAAGAUAAAUAUGGAAAUAAAAUCACAACUUAAUGAAAGUUUAGCACAACUAAAAUCAUUAAAUAUCUGCUUUUCUACCAUCAUCCAACGUCAAAAUGAAACUAUUAUUAUGCUUAAAGAUACUAUUAAUGAAUGUUUAGAAAUUAAUAAAUACACCAUCCAAGCUGUAUGUUUAAUGAUGACAAAAUCAAGUGAUCAACAAUAUGAAGGGAUCAUACAACAAAUAUCUAAUAUUCCAAUUGCUGAACGUCAGUCUACAAUAGAUAAAAUAUUCUCAACUUAUACACCUCUUAUUGAUGAACUUACGUCGAAGAUUGUGGCAAUUACAAAACAAAUGCAAAUAUGUAUUCUUACUGAAAUUGGAAAAGCUGUAAUGAAGAAAAUUCCUCAAUUUCCUGACUAUAAUAUUAUACUUCAAGAAGGAACGAAUGCCUUUGGAGGUGUUGCUUUUUUGAUACAUAAAUCGAUUAAAUAUAAAAUAGUAACCAGGGAAUUGAAUUUUCUCCUAAUAGAAAUUGAAACAAUACCUGAACCAACUUGCGUUGGUGCUGUAUAUGUACCUCCUGGUUCAACCCCUCCAUUCCAAUUUUUUACGAAGUGUAGUAAUAAAGCUUUUUGUAUCUUUGGAGACUUCAAUGCUAAGCACACCGACUGGGGAUGUGAAGGAAAUAAUGGUAGUGGAAAUCAGAUCGUUUCAUGGUUGGAAUUAACAGGAAAUGAAAUGAUUAUACCUGAUAAACCAACCUCGCGGAGGUCCAAAUCUAUAAUCGAUUUCGGAUUAACGCAUGAUGCCACUGGCUGGCACACUGAAGUGAUUGAAGAUGGUACUUCUGAUCACCUUCCUAUAUUAUUACAAUCCCCUCUUUGUGUCCCUUUAUCAGCAGUAUUUAAAAAAACCAAUUGGAAGAUUUUUAUAUUCUUUCUUAAAACUGUGUAUGAAUAUUGGUUAUCUCUUGUAUACAACUAUGACGAACAAUUCUUUUUUAUUCAGUUUUCUGAAUUUCUAGCAAGUCUUUGGGAUAGAUGUAGUACUUACGAAUCUGCAAGGCGAUAUCGACCACCAUGGCCACCACACCUAGUUGCUCUUGCUCGUGAAGUAAAAGCUCUAUUUAUUGACGAACGAUCUCAAUUAACUCAACAGAAGUAUGAAUCUAAACGUGAAUGGAUAUUGAAGGACCAGAACAUUUGGAAUUUUGUUCGUCCUACAUUCCACUCGCUCUCUUCCCCAUUUCGUGGAUUAACUGUUAACUCAGGUAUUAUGAAAAAUCCUAAGGAUAUAGUUGACACAUUAGCUAAUCAUUAUGAACGACAUUUCGCAGAACCUACACCUGAUAUGAACAACGUAAUACAACAAAAAUAUAUAUCUAUUUAUGAUAAAAUCGCUCUUUUGCCCAAUAUUCCAUUAGAUCCAAUACCAAUAAAUGAAGUAAUUAAGGAGUGGAGAAAAAUGUCCUCGAAAAAAUCUACGGAUAGUGUUGGUACAUCAGCUUUCCUAUUGAAAAAACUUCCUGAACAAUAUUUGAACAUAAUGACAGUAUUGUUCAAUAAGUGCUCUGAUAAAGGUGAUUUUUUUUUGGCUGCAAAACAUGCCAAAUUAAUAUGCAUCCCUAAAGAAGCAUUUAAAACGAUUAAGAUGCGAGAUAUCAAAAUACGCCGAAGAAUUUUCCUUUCAUAUGCUCUUCCACAUUACUUAUGGUUAUUUUNUAAUCCGAAACACAAUGAAGUUAUUGGAUUUGAAUCGUGGUAUAUUGACAUUAACGGAAAUUUACAAUGUAUUACUCGUGAUGUCAAAUUAUUUAUCUAUUUAUGUGAUGUUAAACAUAUUCCUAAUAUGAUAUUGGAUACAAAAAUAACGGUGGUUUUACCAAAACAUUUACCUAGCCAACGUUCUGUUAUUAUUAAAGGUGUACCUAUCACAUUUAGUAUUGAUGAUGUUAAAAAUGAAAUUAUGAAUAAAUAUAAAUCAAUGUAUUCAAUUAUUGAAUUAAUAGGUACAAAUAAUGGUAAAACACGUUAUCUACGACUUGAUCUAACUGAUACGAAUGAAUAUAAACAAUUACUUAAUUCUGGAUUAAUAUAUAUUGAUGGUCAAUGUUUACAUGUCUUUGAAUAUCUUGCAGCACCUCGUGUUCUUUUCUGCUCAAUGUGUAACCUUCCUGGUCAUAACAGAAAGUAUUGUAAUUUUACAUUUGAUCGUUGUAGGAGAUGUGGUAAAGAUAGGAAAAAUAGAGACCAUAAAAACUGUGCCAUUAGUUGUCAUAAUUGUAAGGGAGAACAUGUUUCCACUAAUUUUAGAUGUCAAACUGUUCAAAAUUACCGUCGUGAUCUUAUACAUUAUCUGAAGCAGCAUCCCGAAAGAUUGCCUAUGGAUACACAUUUUUUUAUUCCUUCUCAAUAUCGUUCAUAUGGUGAAAGUGUUUUGUAUAAUAGACGUUCAUAUCCUCAACUGAUGACUAUGCCACCUAAUAGGAACUACCAGCUCACCAACGAUGAGUGGCCUUCUUUACCACCUCCUGCACGUUCCACCAUCAAUUAUUCUAACUUCACAAGAUCAUCUUCAUCAGAUCCUAUUAAAAAUUUACAAAUACAACUAAAUCAUUUAGAUAAAUGCUGUUCUAUUGAUGAAAAAAAAUAUGAAAAGAUAAAUAUGGAAAUAAAAUCAUAA